AAGAGUGAGAGAGUCACGCUUACAAGCCAGCCAGAGAAGAGACGUCAAGAGGAGGACCUAACAAGAGAGAGAGAAAGAGAGGGAGGGAAAAAAAAAACUCCUCUCCCUUUCGGCUGCCUCUCUUCGUGCAUCCUUCGGGCCAGCGACGAGCGAAGAGGAGAGCGGAGGAAUCGGCUUGGCACAUUUCCACGCCGCUUCCCUGCCAUUUCGUGGUGUGUGGAGCGCGGGGAGAGCUGCCCACAGCCUCCAUCACUGACAAGGCUCCGCCGCAGCAGCAGCAAAAGAAGAAGAAGAGACAAAAGAAGAAGACGCAGCGCCGUAUAGUCGGGAUGCUUAACAACCUGACUGACACAGAGGAGGGGGACGGGGGAGCGCAGAACCAGGGUGACAAUAACCCCAAGGAGAGCAGCCCCUUCAUCAACAGCAGCGAUGCAGCAGCAGAGAAGAGUCAACAGUACGAUGGCAAGCACAUGGCCCUCUUUGAGGAGGAGAUGGACACCAGCCCCAUGGUGUCUUCCCUGCUCAGCAGCCUGGCCAACUACUCCAACCUGCCGCAAGGUAGCAAGGAGCACGAAGAGGCCGAGAACAACGAGUCUGAGUCGUCCCGCAAGAAACCCGUCAAGGCUCCUCAGCUUGGCACACUGAUGGGUGUCUAUAUGCCCUGCAUCCAAAACAUCUUCGGAGUCAUCCUCUUCCUCAGGAUGACCUGGCUGGUUGGCAUCGGCGGGAUCAUCGGGACCUUCAUGAUAGUCUUUAUGUGCUGCACCACCACUAUGCUGACGGCCAUCUCUAUGAGCGCCAUCGCCACUAAUGGAGUCGUGCCAGCCGGAGGCUCUUACUACAUGAUAUCACGCUCGCUGGGCCCUGAGUUUGGGGGAGCGGUGGGCAUUUGCUUCUACCUGGGGACCACCUACGCUGGCGCCAUGUACAUCCUGGGGGCUAUUGAGCUGCUACUGAUCUACAUCGUGCCCAAAGCAGCCAUCUUCCCGCUGGAUGGCUUGGAAGGUGCCGAGGCGGAGGCAGCGCUGCUCAACAACAUGCGCGUGUACGGCACCAUCCUCCUGACUUCCAUGGCCACCGUGGUGUUUGUCGGUGUCAAGUACGUCAACAAGCUGGCCCUGGUCUUCUUAGCCUGCGUCAUCCUCUCCAUCCUGGCCGUCUACGCCGGUGUCAUCAAGACGGCCGUGGACCCUCCAGAAUUCCCCGUUUGUCUCCUGGGGAACCGCACUUUGGUGUGGAAGACAUUCGACGUGUGCGCCAAGACCAUCACGACGGAUAACGGGACAACAAUCACCACGCAGCUGUGGUCCAUGUUCUGCGACUCGUCCUCAAUCAGCUCUUGUGACCCAUACUUUGUAAACAACAACGUGACGCAGGUGCAGGGCAUCCCCGGGGUCAGCAGCGGAAUCUGGACAGAGAACCUGUUUGGGACGUACUAUGAGAAGGGGGACCUCAUCACCCGAGUCAACAUGGAGUCUGUGGAAGAGCCGGACAGCCCUCUGACCAACUCUAACCGCUAUGUGCUGGCUGACAUCACCAGCUUCUUCACGCUGCUGGUUGGCAUCUACUUCCCCUCUGUGACAGGAAUCAUGGCCGGCUCAAACCGCUCCGGUGACCUGCGUGACGCCCAGAAGUCGAUCCCCAUUGGAACAAUCGCAGCCAUCACCACCACCUCCACUGUUUACAUGUCCAGCGUCAUUCUCUUUGGCGCCUGCAUCGAGGGUGUGGUCCUCAGAGACAAGUUCGGUGAAGGGGUGCAUGGCAACUUGGUGAUCGGCACGUUGGCGUGGCCAUCGCCUUGGGUGAUCGUGAUCGGCUCCUUCUUCUCCACUUGCGGUGCAGGGCUUCAGAGCCUGACGGGGGCACCUCGGCUGCUGCAGGCCAUUGCCAAGGAUGGCAUCGUGCCCGCCCUACGGAUUUUUGGCCACGGGAAGGCCAACGGGGAGCCCACAUGGUCUCUGCUGCUGACCGCCUUCAUCUGCGAGAGCGGCAUCCUCAUCGCCUCCCUGGACUCUGUUGCUCCCAUCCUGUCGAUGUUUUUCCUGAUGUGCUACAUGUUUGUGAACUUGGCGUGCGCUCUGCAGACGCUGCUCAGGACCCCCAACUGGAGACCCCGCUUCAAGUUCUACCACUGGACUCUGUCAUUCCUGGGGAUGAGCUUGUGUCUGACACUGAUGUUCUUGUGCUCCUGGUACUAUGCUAUUGUCGCCAUGGUGAUCGCCGGCUCCAUCUACAAGUAUAUCGAGUUUGCAGGUGCGGAGAAGGAGUGGGGUGACGGCAUUCGAGGUCUGUCUCUGAGCGCCGCACGUUAUGCUCUCAUGCGUCUGGAGGAAGGCCCCCCCCACACCAAGAACUGGAGGCCCCAGCUAUUGGUGCUGGUUAGCACGGACGGCGAGCAGAACGUGGAGCAGCCUCGCCUGCUCUCGCUCACCAACCAGCUGAAGGCGGGCAAAGGCCUGACCAUUGUGGGAACAGCGCUAGAAGGCACCUACCUGGACAACUACGACCAGGCCCAGCGCGCAGAACAGGCGCUGCAUAAACUGAUGGAAACAGAGAAGGUGAAGGGCUUUUGUCAGGUGACUGUGUCGUCCAACCUGCGCGACGCCACCUCACACCUGCUCCAGGCCAGCGGGCUGGGCGGCCUCAAACACAACGCUGUGCUGGUGUCGUGGCCGCGCAACUGGAAACAAGGCGACGAGCACCAGACUUGGAGGAACUUCAUCGAGUUGGUGAGAGAAACCACCGCAGCUCACCUGGCUCUGCUGGUACCCAAAAACAUCUCGGCCUUCCCGUCCAAUGGCGAGCGCUUCACUGAGGGUCACAUCGACGUGUGGUGGAUUGUCCACGAUGGAGGCAUGUUGAUGCUGCUCCCCUUCCUUCUCCGCCAGCACAAGGUUUGGAGGAAGUGCAAGAUGCGCAUCUUCACCGUGGCCCAGAUGGACGACAAUAGCAUCCAGAUGAAGAAGGAUCUCACCACCUUCCUCUAUCACCUCCGUAUUGAUGCGAUGGUGGAGGUUGUAGAAAUGCAUGACAGUGACAUCUCGGCCUACACGUACGAAAAGACCCUGGUGAUGGAGCAGCGCUCGCAGAUGCUGAAGCAGAUCAACCUGACCAAGAACGAGCGUGAGAGGGAGAUUCAGAGCAUUACCGAUUCAUCCCGUGGCUCCAUUCGGCGCAAGAACCCCGCAUCAGUGACCACUCAACCAAGCGUCAGUGAAGAAGCACCGGCAGCCAGCAAGGAGGAGAAACCGGAAGAGGAGUCAACGUCGGCCUCUCCCCCUGUGCCCCCCCCUGUCCAGGUCCAGCUCAUCCAUGACAACACCACCCCAGCCAGCCCCGCCACCCCCGCUGCUCCGCUGGACCCGGCUGAGCCGGCUCAGAGCCCCGGCGAGCAGGUCCAGAUGACCUGGACGGAGAAAUGUGACGGUGAGGCCAGCAAUCCGCCUGGCGCCGCCACACCAGUGGGCAUCAAGGACAUCUUCAACAUGAAGCCUGAAUGGGAGAACCUGAACCAGUCCAACGUGCGACGCAUGCACACGGCGCUCCGACUCAACGAGGUCAUCAUCAAAAAGUCCUCAGAGGCCAAGCUGGUCCUUCUCAACAUGCCCGGACCACCCAAGAACCGGACUGGUGACGAGAACUACAUGGAGUUCCUUGAGGUCCUCACUGAGGGUCUCAACCGCGUCCUCCUGGUCCGCGGGGGCGGCCGCGAGGUCAUCACCAUCUACUCCUGAAAAAGCAACCCUCCCCUUUUGCCCCUACCAUUACACACACCCCCAUCCUCUCCCUGCUCCUGUGUUACCAGCCCCCCACUCAUUCAUCUCAUCCACUCCCACAGCCCGACUCAGCUUCAGAGCUCCCCGACGAGCAGAACUCCGCUCGGACGCUUGAAGUCCUUCCUUCCACGUUGUAACGAGUCUCAUGUAGAAGCAGUUUGUCGUUAUUCAGUGUCACCCGCUUUAGUGUUUGUGGCGUGGAGGUCGUCGGGCACCGGGCGAGUUGGCCGUCGGGCUUGUUGUUAGCUGAGCUAGCUGUGGCUGCAAAUGCAUGCAGUGUCUUUUUCCUUUGAGUCGGUGUAGUUUGUUUUACCAAACGUGGCCGAGAGGCGGCGUCUUCGACGUCGGGGGAGGGGCGGGGCGAGGAAGCAUCUGAAAUGGCACCGCUAUGACUGGCAGGUGUUUUUUUAGUUUGUUUGUUUGGUUUUUUUAGGUAUUGGAACUGUGAAAUUGAACUUGAAGAAGCUGGACUUGCUAGCAUGACCUCAUGGCGGUCUUUUCUUAGUGGCUGCCGCGUGGCCGCUGUCGGUGCCAAAAACCCCAAGAAGAAGACGGUUAGCUUAACUGUGAAUAGUGCGUUAGCAGGCUAGCAGAAGAUCACGACCAGCAGCCCUUUGCGUGGAGAACACUGUAAAUAAUGUACAAGCUCGUUGGGUAUGAGUGUAGUAUUUUUGUCACAUAUUUAAACAAAAACAAAAAUCAUUGUUCCAGAAAUUCUAUUUAUUUGUGGGAUGACAUCGGACACCUCCACAUGCACUGCACCUGCACUCAAUCGACAAAAAAAGUGUUAUUUUUUCAUGUAGAGAACAAAUAUGUAUUUAUGUUUAUAGACAGAGCUUAUCAAUGGGAUAUAGUCGUAUAUGCAUUCAUCCUGUGUCCUUUUGCCAAAUUCGUAUGCGUUAUAAACGUGCCAUAUGAUUUACAGUAUGAUACAAUCGCAGAACUAAGUGUGCUAACUUUAACGUAACUAACGUGAAGAGGUCUACUAUAUUAUCAUUAUUAUUAUUAUUAUUAUUAUCGGGACAACCUGGAAGUAGAGAAGAACAAUGGCUUCUGUAGCAAGGAAAGACACUUUGUCCACGAGAGACACCGUUCUAUGCAGUAGACUCAACACAUUUUAUAUACACACAUAACAUAUACGUAUGUAUAUAUAUAUAUAUAUAUAUAUAUAUAUAUACACACACACAUACACAUACAUACAUACAUAUACACACACAUACAGUAUAUAUGUAUCUAUAUAUCUAUAUAUAUCUAUAUAUAUAUAUAUAUAUAUAUACAUACAUACAUAUAUACUUACAUAUACUAACAUACUUAUAUAUACUACUUAUAUAUACACAGUAAUGUGCAAAAGUCUUUAAGCCACCGCCAGAUGUGAUGUUUUUAAUGACCUUUCGUACACUGGAAAGUUAAAAUGAACAUGUUCCAGUAUGUUCUAUGGUUAUCAUCGUGCUUCCCCCCCAAAAAGCCAAAGAAAAAGCAAAAACACAAGCGGAGUCAAAUGAUUAAGAUGCUCACAAGGUUUGGCGGCCACGCUUUGAACUCAAGUUUUGUUUGACAUUUCAGGCAAAUUAUUGCUACGACAACAACAACAGCUUUUUUUAAAGAAGAAAAAAAAUAUAAACAACAUCAGGACACCAGUGCACGGAAAAGCAACCUUUUUAGGCAGCAGAGCAGUUGGCCAUGAAAAUGAGCAAUUGAUUGUUUUCAAAGUAAUUUAAUCACCAUUCAGUGUUCUUUUUUUUGUUGACAUUUUUUUUUCUGGGCAACUUGUGUUUUUGACUACGGUAGGACACAUAACAGUUAGUAGGACUAUGCUACAAAUAUAUAUUUUGAAAAAUAUACGUAUAUGAUUUUUAAAAGUUUGACAUUUUAGUGAGGCUUCAUUUCACCAUUUGAUAGCAUCAAAGGAAGCACCCGCCCCCACGAACCAGGAAGCAUUCUAACUGCUAACUAACAAACAAAACACCAAUAUAGCUUUUCUAUGAAACACGCGCUGGACUGAGCGACCUACUUCUUUACAGUCAUUACAAGCAACACAUCUAGCGGUGAUGGAAGACUUGAUUCAAUUUCAAUGACCUUAUUAGGCAUCAAACGUUUGCACCUGGGAAGGAACGUGCAAUAUAGAGCUCAAAUUUGCAUUUGUUAUUUUUCUUAACGUGUCUAUUUUCUAUAACGUCUUCUAACGUCACUUUAGUUCCUCUCACAUUGUUUUUAGAGUCACUUGCACUUGUAGGAAAACUAUAAAUAGAUCCAUGCUAUACAUAUUUAUACAUAUAUAUAUAAAUAUAUACAUACCUAUACAGUAUAUGGGAAAUCAAUAGGAAUUUAAAUAGUUUAUAGAGCGAUUAAAAAUGUUUUAUUUGUGUUUUGCUCGAAUGUCGGACCAUUUGUGGUGAAUGCUGCUAGUGACGUAUUUGUAUUUGUACAUAAAAGAAGCUACAUAAAUAUAAGUGGGGACGAAAAGGGUACAGAAAUACAUAUCAGCUGUGGCGGUUGACUUCAAAAGAAAAAAAAAUACUGAUGCAAUAUAAGAAAAGGUUUAUGCUCCUUUUAUAUUUAAGCCCGCUAAAUUGAUUCGGACAAAUUGCCAAAGUGACAGUUAAAUUUUUUAAAAUAAUUUGCCAAAACAAAGUUCAUUUUCCAAUUUAUUUUUUGAUAAGUCACGCAAAAAAAAGGGUCGUUUUAGAACAUCGCCUGCAUCAACUGAGCCUUUCAAAAAAGACAAAGACGUGCGAUCGGCAGGAGGUUGAAUAUAUUUCCUUGAAAAAAAUGAUUCUUAAAUGUUUUUUCUAAAGUUUGCAUGGUUAGCGUGUGGCCAUAUUUGUUUUUUGUGCAUUUUAUCGUGACCAACCUGCGGCUCAGACACCACAAAAAGGCUGCUAGCGCCACCUUGAAAGGUCUUUUGCAAACAAAAUACAUUUAAAAAGAAAAUAAAAGUUAUUGUUAUUCGUUGUUGCUUAAAGUAGUCUUGUGCAAGGAGAGGUUUUUUUUGAGGGGGGGGGGUCUUCAUUUGUAUAUAACGAAUGAAUCACGAACUAGUGUUGUCUUUUCUUGUUUGAUCACUGUGGGAAAAAAAGUGUUAGAGUUUUGUAAGAUGACGUGCAAUUUUUUUUAAUGUAAUCUUUUGGAAGUGGUCACAAUUAAAUACCUUAAAAAUCCCCAAAGUGAGAGCGUGAGACGUUAGUGCGAGUGGGCGGGGUGACAGUGCUCACUAUUUACAGCCUGCAGCGACAUCAAGUGGCGCUGUAGUGCACUGCAGCCUCAGAUUUGCCUGCAAAAUAUACUACCUGUUGAUUGUUUUUUAAAUCCACGCACGCUCCGCCCACUUGCCAAAAAAAACCAAAUUGUAAGGUGAGGUUGAAUCCUUUCAUCCAUCGCCACCUCUCCUCCCCAAGUCCCCCAUCCAUCCAUCUCCCUCCCCCCCAAAACCACCAAAAUCUGUUGUGUAUUUUUAAUGUGAUUGCAGUAUAAUUCUCAUAAAAAGUGAUCAAAUUAUAUAUAAAACUCGCGCUUCCAAUGCUGGGAGCGGCUCUGCUUGGACACACACACAUGCCAUAUGUGUGUGUGUGUGUGUAUAUGGCAACCCCCGUCCACCCCAGGCAACAAACUGUAGCAUGAGACAAAAAGCUGCUGGUGAUCACUCCUCAAGUCUCCAUCCUUAAAUGGAUGUCAAGGGCUCUGACUAAAACACAGUUCGUGAGUAAGACAGAAAAAACACCCACCAUCCACCACCCCCUUAUUACAGAGGUCACCUGAGGUCAAAUCCACAGGGCCACCUCAUGAUGGUCACAUUAAAAGUUGCUAAACAAUUCUAAUGUGCUGCAAGCAGAGGCGCUCUCCAGUGGUGUAACAAUGUGUGCAUGCAUGCAAGCACCCUGAACAAGAUAUAUUUGUGUUUGUGCUAUCAAAGUGUUUGAUUUCUUCUCGUUUCCCUGUUCCCCCACCCCACCCUCCCCAAACCAUACCACCACACACACAUCUCUUUUAGCACUGGACAAGCAAAUGCUGAUUAUUAGUAGAGUAGAGUACAAGAUUCUAUUUUUCAUGUAUUAUCCAGAGAAAAUGACUACCAAAGUAUAUUUAACUAUAAAUAUCAAUAUCGUGCAAAUAUGUGCUCCAGUGAAUUAGAUGCAGACUUUAAAAAAAAAAAAAAAAGAUUGUGCCAAAGUAGCAAGAUUUUUGUUUUAAUUUGAAAUGCAUGAAAAUUCCCGAGCCUCAUAGAUCUAUAUACACCGAUAGGAUCUAUACGUUUGUUUUGAAUUCACUGGGAAACUUUGUAUGGAUGCUUGACAAGUUACAUGGUUAUAUACUGCAAACACACACGUGUACAAAGUUUUUUCAUCCAUCGUAAGGUAAAGAUGUUGUUCCUUUCAUUUCUGUUAGCGGAGGGAAGGGGGACGCUGGGGUUCAGGGUGAUAGUGGUGGGCUACAUGUAAAUAAAUUAAAUAGUUAGUGUGGAAGUGUUUAUUUUUUGUGUCAGUGUAAGUUAAAUAUUCUGAGGUUUAAAAAAAAAGUCAACAUGUAUUCUUUAUUGUGUUUCAUGGUACAUUAAAAAAAAGAAAAGAGUAGUUUUAUCUUACAUUUCAAAUGCUUAUAUCUCUAUGGCUUCUUCUGGCGAUACCCGUUCUAUUUUAUAGAUUUGUCAGCACAAAAUGCAAUAAACCAAUACCAUUUUACUACA